AUGGCCAGCCAAUCCCAGGGUAUCCAGCAGCUCCUGCAAGCAGAGAAACGAGCGGCUGAGAAGGUGGCAGAUGCCAGGAAGAGGAAGGCCCGGCGUCUGAAGCAGGCAAAGGAGGAGGCACAGAUGGAAGUGGAGCAAUACCGGCGGGAGCGAGAGGUGGAAUUCCAGAGCAAACAGCAGGCGGCCAUGGGCUCCCAGGGAAACCUGUCCGCGGAGGUGGAGCAGGCCACCAGGCGCCAGGUGCAGGGCAUGCAGAGCUCCCAGCAGAAACACCGAGAGCGAGUCCUGGCCCAGCUCCUCGGCAUGGUCUGCGACGUCAGGCCCCAGGUCCACCCCAACUACCGGAUUGCUGCCUAG